AAAAAAAUGUCAAUUGUCAGCUGAUCGUCACGAAAAUUUGGCAUAUGUGUUCGGAUGUCAGUCGUCAGUUGGUCAGAGAAUGUAGAAAAUUUACCACUGGCCGAGUUUCUCUCUGCAGCGUGACUGCAGCUUGCACGGUUUUUCUCUAUAAAUAAUGCGUUCCAAAGAUAUACCAAAGAUCCCGCCACACUAUUUUCACGAGAUGCCGCAGGAAGACGAAGAAAGAUUCGAGAAGCUGUUCAUCAAGCUGGACAAAAACGGCAACGGAAGGAUCGACAUUAACGAUUUGUCCGCAGCCCUUCACGAGCACGGGGUAAAUCAAAAGUACGCCGAAAGGUUCCUGAAAAGUAGCAACCGAUCAACCAGUAGUAGUGACCUUUCGUUAGCCGACUUCAUUUAUUAUGUAAGGGAACACGAAAAAAAUUUGAAACUGCAUUUCGCUAGCCUUGACAAGAAUAGAGAUGGUAAAAUUGACCUGGAAGAACUUAUUAGGGCGUUCAGUGACUUGGGAAUACCUCUAGACCGGAGGGAAGCUACAAACUUACUACAAAGAAUGGACCAAGACGGUAGCCUCAAUAUAAGCUAUGAUGAGUGGCGAGACUUUUUACUUUUGGCCCCAGGCAAUAGCAUUCAAGAACUCAUCAAAUAUUGGCGGCAUUCCACCUAUUUGGAUAUCGGUGAAGACAUGAACAUUCCUGAUGACUUUACCCAGAGCGAAAUGCAAACUGGAAUGUGGUGGAGACAUUUAGCAGCUGGUGGAGUAGCUGGAGCAGUUUCCAGAACUUGUACUGCACCAUUGGAUAGGCUAAAAGUGUUUCUUCAAGUGCAGCCUUCAAGGCAAAAAAUAGGUAAUUGUUUAAAUAAUAUGGUCAAAGAAGGAGGAUUUUUAGGACUAUGGAGAGGCAAUGGCAUGAAUAUAUUAAAAAUAGCACCAGAGUCUGCUCUUAAAUUUGCUGCAUAUGAACAAAUUAAACGUUUAAUUAAAGGCAAUUCCAAAGAGGCAUUGAGCAUUUAUGAAAGAUUUUUCGCUGGCGCUAUAGCGGGAGGCGUUAGUCAAACAUUUAUUUAUCCAUUAGAAGUCCUGAAAACAAGACUUGCCUUGAGAAUAACAGGACAGUACAAAGGUAUAUCUGAUGCGGCCUACAAAAUCUACAUUGAAGAAGGUCUAAGGGCAUUUUAUAGAGGCUAUGUUCCAAAUAUAUUGGGCAUAGUUCCUUAUGCUGGAAUAGAUUUGGCAGUUUAUGAAACAUUAAAAAAGAAAUAUUUUAAAACGCAUUCGAGUGACGAACAGCCCAGUUUUUGGACGUUACUUGCAUGUGGCAGCGCCAGUAGUACUUUAGGACAAAUGUGUUCUUAUCCUUUAGCAUUGGUUAGAACACGGUUGCAAGCUCAAGUAAUCCACACAUCUAUUGAUCCAUCUACGGCUACAAUGUCUAAUGUUUUUCGAACCAUUCUGAGGAAAGAAGGAAUUUUUGGGCUUUACAGAGGAAUAACUCCCAAUUUUAUCAAAGCCAUACCCGCAGUGAGUAUAAGUUAUGUUACUUACGAAUAUUCAAGUCGAAUAUUAGGGAUACAUAUGACGUGAUGAUCAAGAAUAUUAGGCAAAAGCAAUUUAUUUAUUUAUUAGCUCUAUUGAAAAUAAUUCCUCUCAGAAGUAAGUAUUUCCAUUCUUUUUAAUGUUGUGAAAAUUAUUAUUGAUCGCAUUAAAUAUAUAGGUUUAAACAAUGGGUUCUGUGAUAAUUUAUAAUGUACAUAGUCCUUAGAUAGGUAGAAGCAAAGCAAAAUUGCCAUGAUGAAAGAGAAAGUUAUUACUAUUUUGCAAUAAUUUGGCAAUUACUCAUUUACAUACAUAGAAUUUAUUAGUUGGCGAGGAUUUUUGGAAACUUGCCUGCAAUAAAUUUUAUGCUUGGAGCUUUGUUAAUUAAAUUGCAAAUAUAUAAUGAUCAUGGGUUUUUGAAAUGGAUAAUUGGCUUUGUCUGUUAAAAUAAUAAAUUACUGUUUUAUAAUCGCAUUUAAAAUUUGUAUUUAAACAGUGGUAAAUUAGUUAUCUGUACACUUGUGUGGCAAUUUUGUUCUGCAAUUUAAAAUUGCUCUCAUUAUUAGUUUGUUCGUUUAGUUUGUAUAUUUUAUAUUUCAAUUUUCCUAUUUGCCAAGAUUUUUUGUUACAUUUAGGUAUUUAUUAAAUCCACUAAAAGACUCUAAUAUUAAUGAAUAUUGAAAUAUUAUAAUGCUUGAUUUUCCUUAUAAAUAUACCUACCUACCUACCUACUUACUUAGUAAGCAGUGUUGUGGGAUCCCUACAUUUGUAGUACAAGGAUUAUUUAUUUUUAAAUACAGUACAGUAGAGAUACAGGUAACAAACUAUCCAUAUAUUGAAGCAUGCAAUGCCUUUUUACAUUAAAAUAAAUGGAAACAUUGUUUGUGAUAUCCAGAACAGUGUUCACUGUAUCCCGACUUCACUACAGUUUAAAGAAACUUUUUAAAAUCUUUUAAAUGAUGUUAUUGAGAAUUUCUCAACUUUAAAUAAACCGCUUUUUAGAAAGUUCAGACUUUUAUUUUUAUAAACAAAGGGAAAUGUAUGGGAAAAUAUUUUGAUUAAAAAUGAUCUGUAAAAUGUUUUCAAUGAGUCAUUUUUAAAUGUGAAUUCCAAGAAACUACCAGUUGCAUUGUUGAAUACCUUAGAAAUCUGGUACUUUUAAAAGAAUUGCUUAAAUAUUUAAAAUUAAAAUAAAGGUGUGUUUUAUCAUUUAUCAUUAAACAAAUAAUAUGUAUGUGUUGUAAAUAUCUUAAUUUAUUACCCUCUUUUUAUAAUUUUAUUAUUAUUUUCCACCUGUGAUUGUAACUUAAUGACUCCUGUGUUACUCUUAAUAAUAAUUAUUAUAACUUGUAGCCCGAUUGGUUGUUGAUUUCUUGUUAUUAUUUUUUUUAAAUUACAUCUUAAAAUAUCGUUAAUACUGUUUCAAAAUAUUGCUUGUAAAAUUUUUAACUCUCAAAUACUCAACUUUAAAAGUAUAAUAUGCUACAAAAAUGUGUGAUGUUUUAUUUUAUCAUUGAUUACCCUAAUCCCGAUCAUGAAUAUCAAAUUCAAAGUCUAGAGGAGAUAUUAUUAUUAUGCGCAAUAAAUCG